AUGCCGUUCAAAUCCCGCUGGCACGUCGAUAUCCCCGACGCUCACCUGGCUUCGCAGCUGUUUACGUCGCCCACGCGCCCUCUGUCCAAGACACAUCGAUGCUUCUCCGAGGCAGCUCGACCAGACACGCAUUACUUUAGCAUUCAUGACUACCGGCUAUGGUGCCAACGGUUUGCGGCUGGCCUGCGAAAAUCUGGCCUCCAGACGGGGGAUCGGGUGUUGCUCUUCUCCGGCAAUGAUUUGUUCUUCCCCGUCGUGUUUAUGGGGGUUAUCAUGGCUGGCGGCAUCUUUUCGGGUGCCAAUCCUACAUUUGUCGCUCGAGAACUGGCGUAUCAACUUCAGGAUAGCGGGUCUACCUACCUUAUCUGCGCAGAUACCAGCUUGGACACGGGCAUCGAGGCGGCCCGAAUGGCAGGCAUAGAGCAGGAUCGGGUGUUUGUUUUUAACAACGAAAUCUUUGACGGAAGAGGUCAAGGCUUGAAGGGGUGUCGAUACUGGGGGGAUCUUGUGGCGUCCGUCGAGGAAGGAAGCCAAUUCGCCUGGGACGAGUUGUCGACGCCGGAAAAGGCAAGUCGCACACUGGCGCUCAACUAUUCGAGUGGCACCACGGGGAGGCCGAAGGGGGUGGAGAUCUCACACAAGAACUAUGUGGCCAACAUGCUGCAGUAUGACUAUCUGUUCUAUCUCUACCCAGAUCACAAGGAGAGACGGGCCAGGGCCCGCUGGGUCUGCUUCCUGCCCAUGUAUCAUGCAAUGGCGCAGAACAUCUUCAUUGCAGUUGGGCUGAGACGCAAGGUUCCGGUGUACAUUAUGCCCAAGUUUGAUUUUAUCAAAGUGCUCGAGUACAUAGAAAAGUUCCGCAUCACGGACCUGAUUCUGGUUCCACCGGUGGUGGUCGCGCUGGCUAAACAUCCAGCGGUCAAGAGUGGCAAGUAUGACCUGAGUAGCGUGGAGACGAUUGGCAGUGGAGCAGCGCCUCUGGGAAGAGAAGUGUGUGAAGAGGUCGAGGCACUUUGGGAGCCGGGGCGAAUCAACAUCAAACAGGGAUGGGGAAUGACUGAGACCACAUGUUCAAUUAUGGGAUGGGACCCAACGCAGAAGAGUCACACAGCAUCUGUAGGAGAGCUGAAUGCCAAUUGCGAGGCCAAGAUUAUGGCCGAGGACAACAUUACAGAACUCGGACGCAACCAACGCGGUGAGCUGUGGGUACGAAGCCAGAAUAUCAUGAAAGGAUACUGGCGAAACCCGCAAGCCACUAGAGAGACCAAAACAGCAGACGGCUGGUUGAAAACGGGGGACAUCGCUUACGUCGAUGGCGAUGGAAAAUUCCAUGUUGUUGAUCGGAAGAAAGAGCUGAUCAAAGUCAAGGGCAAUCAAGUUGCCCCAGCGGAGUUGGAAGCUCUCUUGCUAGAGCAUCCUGCAGUUGCUGAUGUUGCGGUGAUUGGCCUGGCAGUCAACGAUGACGAGCGUCCUCGAGCCUACAUCGUGUUGGCACACGGCCAGACCGCCACUGCGAAAGACAUUCUCGCCUUCGUGGAUGGCAAAGUAUCUGCCUUCAAACGGAUCACCGGCGGAGUAGUUUUUGUCGAUGCAAUCCCGAAGAAUCCUUCAGGGAAAAUCCUGCGCAAGGUACUUCGUGAUCGAGCCAAGGAAGAGACACAGCAGACCGCCACGGCCAAACUAUAG